AUGUCCACUAACCAUCUCCCAGGACUCUCCCAGCUUGUGUGGGCAGCUAUGCCCCACCCAGUAGAAGCAGAAAAGGCUGCACUGAGGGAGCAGUUCAUCACUGCCUCCAUGGCUCUGGUUGCUGAGGCUAAGUGCCUCCUGGACAACAAGGAGGAGAUGUGGGAGGAAAAGGUCAAUUGGAUGUGCCAGUGGGAGCAGAGAAUGGGGGAGGUCUAUCCCCUCAUCAAACAUGGUCAAACACUGGGGGUCAACACAAAGAUAGACAGUAUGGAUGGGCCAAUCCUGGCAGAGGCUGAUGAGGCAUAUGAGAAGUGGUCCACAGAGGAGACUGCAGUGGCAGUGGUUUCCCAGCCAGUUCAGAAGCUGCUGACACCUGAGUCCCAAGCAAUUGUGGCAGACCAUUGUGGAGAGCAAGGACAAGGCCACACCAAAGGUCAUGAUCCCACCCAGGUCAAUUCUGCACAAGGUACCCUGUGUGCAGUGCUCAGUGAAGAGGGCCACAUGUACUGGUCCAGUGGGUUGCAUGUGUAUGAAGCAGGGGUGCAAGAAGUUGACAAAGGCUGUGGGAAAGAGGGUGCAGACUGGCACAUCAGUUGCUUGUCCAAGAGGAUCAUAGACAAUGAGGUCGAGGUGGUCAAAAAGUCACAUGUGCAUGUUGACCAGCUCACCAAGGCACUGGAGAAGAUUGGGGUGGAGUAG